AUGGGACAGUUUCUCGCUAUAAAGCUCGACUGGUGGCACAGGGGUUUAGUCAAGAGGCUGGCUUUGACUACGAUGAAACCUUCAGCCCAUGAUGCAGAUUGGGCUGGGGAUAUUACCACUCGACGAUCAACCACAGGAUUUGUUGUCUUCUUGGGUUCCAAUCCAAUUUCAUGGCAGUCUAAGAAGCAGGGGUCUGUCUCCCGUAGCUCCACUGAAGCUGAAUACCGUGCUCUUGCUAAUGCUUCAGCAGAGGUUGCUUGGAUUCGUCAGAUACUUGCAGAUCUUCAUGUCUUUCUCCCAGAUCCUCCUCUGUUGUUUUGUGAUAACAUGUCUGCGUUAGCUCUCAGCUCUAAUCCCGGGUUCCAUUCUCGCAUCAAACAUUUGGAUGUCGACUUCCAUUUUGUUCGAGAAUGUGUACAACGCAAAGACUUCUUAGUGCACUACUUUCCUACUGAUGAGCAGGUGGCAGAUGUUCUUACUAAGGGGCUUCAUAGUCCAGUAUUUGUUAAGCAUUGUACCAAUCUCAGUUUAGGCACCCUGACUGAGAUUGAGAGGGGGUGUUUACCCAAUGGUUAG